AUGUUGAAUACGAAUGAUGAACGGCAGCGAGAUACAUUGGAAAUCAAUACAAACAAUGAACAAAUUUCACCAUUAUCAAAUCGUUUUCUUGUUGCGCAUUCAUCUCCAGUACUUGAAUCAACAACAACAGAGGUUGUAAUUCGUGCUCACGAUGAAUCAUUUCAAUCAUCAUCAUCAACAUCAAACUCGAAAAGUAGUUCUAGUGUAACCAGUCGUUCAUCUCGUCUUCAUUUCUUGAUGAUGCAUCAACAUUCGGCUGUUAACUCGCCAUUAAUGUACUCUCGUUGCACUUCGCUCGGUUCUUUGGCAAGUUAUGAUAUUCGAUCAUCCUGUAAUGAUUCGUAUACAUCUGAAUGCAGUUCGGUGAAACCGUCGGGAAUCAUUUCACCUAGUGACAUACCUGAUUCUCCACCAUGCGAACCGGAAGUAAUCGAAGAGGAAGAAGAAGAACAUCAGCAGAUAAAACCAAAUAAUCGGACAUUGACAAUGACAAUGACAAUGAAUACAACAUCGAAUAACAGUCGAAUGACAAUAUUAGGUGAAACAGUCAUUGAAAAAACACUUACAUUUAAUCAACAUGGUAAUAAUGAUGAAGAGCAUUACGAUGGAAAUCCACUUUACUCAUCUGAACAUUCUGAUUGGAAUGCAAAUCGUAUGAAUAGUUCUUCUCAGAAAAAUGAACUCUGCUUUGAUGAUGAUUAUCCUCGCGUGUUUAAUAGUGAAAAUGAUGAUGGUGAUGACGAUUCGCUCAUCGAUGAUCAAAUUCAAUACGAUGCCUCGUUUACUGUGCCUUCAAAUGAAAAUCUUAGUGUUAUUACAGAAGAAUCUUCACUGAUUGAAGAAAUGAAUUCUAAUGAUGAAACAAAUAGUAUUAAAAUUCUCUAUGAUCUCAUUAAGAAACCACACUGGACAAAUAAAUCUAGCAAUAAUCAACAAUUAGCAAACAGACCUCAUCCUCUUGUACAAAAUACUAUUCCCUCAAAUAGUCUUAGUUUUGAUAGCAACGACGGAAAUCAAACCGAUGAUGAAGAUGAAGAUGACGAUGAGUACGAUGACGAAAAGGGUCGCGAAUUAAUCCAACGUCUUAUUGAAGAAACUCUAGCUAGACGAUCUGUUCCGACAGAUUAUCUUCAUUCAACAUCAUGUGUACUCUGUCCGUUAAAUACACCGAUGACCACAGAAACACGUAGUGUUUCAUCUUCUUCGAGUUCAAUAUCAGCUUCCAUGCGAUCGUGUACAUGUAUCACAAAUCGAUCAUCGAACUCUGUUUCCCAACCUCAGCGAAGUCAAAGUUCACCAGCGAGAUCUUCAUCAACCGGUGUCGAUGAUUCCAAACGACAAACGAAUAAACAGAGGGAGAAUACAAUACAUCAUACACGUACUUCCUAUCUACGUCUUCGUCAAGCUCAACAAAACAAACGACUUCAUCAACAAGAUAAAAAAUACUACACGGCGAAAACGAAUGGUGGAACAUCGACUAAACAACAACAGCAACAAUCGAUGCAUCAUCCAUAUUAUACAAACACUUUAGGAACACCAUCCUACUCAUCAUCAAGUACAUCGUCAUCGUCGAAUUCUUCCGCUGCAGUCCCUUCUUCUACCAACGAAACGGAACCUGGAGAUUUCCUUAUUGGCUAUGGCGCAUUUGGUGUUAUAUGGGCGGUUACUGAUCCACGAACAAGUCGACGUGUUGCUUUGAAAAAGAUGCCGAAUGUCUUCCAAUCAGUUGUUGCUGCUCGACGAGCUUUUCGUGAAAUAAAAAUGCUGUGCACAUUUCGACACGAUAAUAUUCUUCAAGCUGUUGAUAUUCUUCAACCACCUAGUCAAAUAGAUUUAUUUAAUGAAGUGUAUAUUCUAACAGAGCUAAUGCAAAUUGAUUUACACAAGAUCAUUGUCUCACAACAAGCAUUAUCCAUUGAUCACUGUAAAGUGUUUCUGUAUCAAAUACUACGAGGAUUGAAAUUUCUACAUUCAGCUGGAGUGAUUCAUCGAGAUUUAAAACCUGGAAAUCUUUUAGUGAACAGCGAUUGCUUAUUAAAAAUUUGUGAUUUUGGCUUAGCUCGCACAGAAGAACUUGACAAAACGAAGUGUAUGACACAAGAAGUUGUUACACAAUACUAUCGUGCACCAGAACUACUUCUUGGUGCUCAGCAUUACUCCUAUGCUAUUGAUGUGUGGAGUGUUGGCUGUAUAUUUGCUGAAUUACUUGGAAGAAGAAUCCUAUUUCAAGCAUCAUCUCCACUGAAACAACUCGAUUUAAUUCUUAAUCUGCUCGGUACUCCACCAUUGGAAGAGAUUUCGACAGCGUGUGAUGGUGCUAAAUCGUAUAUCUUAUCGAAAACUUGGCGUGCAGCUAAAGUAAAUACACUAUAUUCUCUAUCGAAAAAUGUCACACACGAAGCUGUACUACUCCUAUUACGAAUGUUGACAUGGGAUCCAAGAAAAAGAAUAACUAUAACGCAAGCACUUGAACAUAAUUAUAUUCACGAAGGACGUAUUCGAUACCAUUCAUGUAUGUGUCGUUGCUGCUUUUCAACACCAAGCGGAAGACAAUAUACAGUUAAUCUUGAACCUGUUCGAGGUUUUCGAUAUGAUGACUCCGAUGAGAACUUCUGUAGUAUACGGCAAGCAAAAGAAUACAUGCACAAACUACUGACAGAAUUUAGUCAAGCUAAUACUGUUCCACUUAGGCUGAAUCACGAUUCACCCUUGUAUAAAACAUUUGCCACAUCACAAGUAGCACAAGCUCACGAACUUCCUCCAUCGCCAGUUGCAUGGGAUAAGCUUUGA